AUGGCGCUGUAUGAAAAAUACGAAACCACAUGGCCCACCAUGUGGGAAAUUAUGCAAACUGAUGACUGCGAAUUAACAUUGGCUGCCGUCGAAGCAAGCAGGGCUAAAUGGACUGCCACUGUCAAGAAGAAAGCCAUUUAUGCCGACUAUCAUUGGCAAGUCAAAAUGUACUACGUGGAAAAAUUGAUGUGGCGCGAGCUCUUAAAAAGUUAUCCUUUUCCUGGAGUCAAGCCUAAGCCCAUUGCGCAUGCUGUGACGACACCAGCCGAUCUUAGACUUGCAAGCAGAAGUAAUACCUCCAUCACUGGUCAAUCUUCUGCGCAAGAAAAGGUGAACACACCUCAGACUCAAUCUGACGCUGUCCCAUCGCCUUCAAAAAUCAUAGGAAAUAGCGAGGACGUCGAAUCACGGCAGGGUUGUGGCCAAGGAGCAGAGAAUCUGUCACCGAGACCGUCGGCAACAGCGGUUUUACAUCUUACUUCGGAAAAGAUUCCUUGUCCUGACGCUGCCGCUCAUAGUUCUUCAAUCGAAUCAUCUGCAGGCAAGCGAAAGAGAACAACUUCCUAUCUUAACACAUUACCACAAAGCGAGACGGCGGUAAUAGAGCAAGCAAAACGCCUCAAGCUUCAACAGUCGCCACAAUUGGACACGAUUAAGCAGCUCUGGGACCGGCCUCGCUAUGGAAUAUCCGUCCCGGCAAGCCCCACCGUUGCCGAAAUGUUGAUAUCACGUAAGACGGCAGUAGAAAAGCAAUUUAGAGUUCGAUUUGAAUAUGCUUUUCAUAGGGAAGAGCUUAUAUUCUACUGCGAACCUGUUGAUAUCGGAAGCAUGACUUACAACGAUGCCGUUGAGCUCUGUGAGCCAGCUUUCAAGUUUCUUAAUGAGUUCUUGCGCAACUCGUUUGGACGAUUGGGGUGCAUCGGUGACUAUCUCGAAUCAAGUAAAUGGGUCACCAAAGAGAAGUAA